AUGGAAAACAAAUACAGAUUUGGCAAGAUUGAUGUGAACUGUGAAGGAUAUGAUUAUCCUACUGAUCCCUAUAUACUCCGAGGAUCUUGUGGGGUAUGUAUAUCCCUUAGUGGUUGUUUUCAGGGAUGGGUCCAGCUUGAUCUGGUGGGGAGGGUGUGUGGAUCGAGCCAUUGGCAUGGUUUGGGUCCGAUCGUUGAGUAGCAGUGUUUUAUUUAUUUAUUUAUUUGUUCUACUUCGCCAUAUAAAAUUACACGAAUGACAUGCAUACAAUACAAAUACAAUAUUUUGCCAGUGGCAAAUGGCGUGACUUUCAUAAAAAGUCUCAUAACAAUCUCUUAAAUGUACUUAAACAUAUAUUAGAAUGUUUUGGGGAACCGGAAAAAUUAUGUUCCGGCCUGCUUACUUUCACAAUCAUAACUUUCCUUCUACUACACCAAUUCUGAUAAAAGAGUUGCAAAAAGUGUUCAACAUUUGUCCGGGUAAAAUUUCAAGUUUUCAAACCUUUUUCAAAAUAAUAUGAAUUACGGCUUUUUCAAAUUGCCCGACCAGCAUUAAGUCAAUAUAUUUGGCCUCAUAACUAUUUGUCAGAUGUAAUUUGACCACCGCGUUUUCAAAGAAAUGAUUAGCUUCCUAUAUAGAUCUAGAGUAGGAUCCAAGAAUGGCUGGAAUUAUUUCCAGGUCUAUUGUAAGAUACACAACUAAAUGAUGUCUCCAUCCUCAUAAUUAUAAUAAUUCUUUAACAACGAAUUAGUUCUAUUUAUAGUUCUUCUGUUCUUGUAAUAAUUCGGACUAUAUUAAUGAAUGUAUAUAUUUUAGUUGGAGUAUACAAUUGAAUUGACAGACGAAGGGCGUGCAAAACAGGGAUCGUCGGAUUAUCAUGGUCGGAACAACUAUCAGUAUGGAUCUCGAAACAGGUAAGUUACUCUUACAGUAGUGACUGGUAUCAGAUAAAACUAUUUUGGGUAGAGAAAUUUUUCAAAAACGAUUUUUAAAAUUGCUGUAACCUAAACUGGAUUACCGCAGACUUAUUUUUGCGGUAAUCUAAUAUGGAUUUUCCAAUUAAAAUUGCUGUAACCAUACGUAAAAUUGCUGUAACCUAAACUGGAUUACCGCAGACUUAUUUUUGCGGUAAUCUAAUAUGGAUUUUCCAAUUAAAAUUGCUGUAACCAUACUUAAAAUUGCUGUAACCUAAACUGGAUUACCGCAAACUUAUUUUUGCGGUAAUCUAAUAUGGAUUAUCCAAUUAAGAAAUCUCGUCACCCUACAAGCAAUAAAUGUAUAUGCUUUUCGUCGGUCUGGCUCUGGACCUGCGUAAUUGGUUUUCCACUAGUAUAAGACUCCAUGCGGAGCUGAAUCUGCUCAGACAAAGAAAGAGAUCCGGAGAAUCGCGCUCCGUGUUUGAUAACCAAGUGCGUCAAAGUUAUUUCUUUGAUAUCAGUGUAUUUGCUUAGUACUCUUGUAUACUGUCGAUGAUACCAAAUUUGACCGAAAAGUAUAUUUGUUGGAAUAUAUUCUAGUUUGAGUGAUUAAAUUUUUUUUCUUGUAGUCCAGUUGGUAUAUUUGACGCCUAUAGUACUUGGUUACUUUACGAUUUACGUGACUGUACAUCAUCAAUAAACUCUGAAUUUUCUGACAAGCUUUUGUCUUGGAAAAUCCAG